GUUCCUGUGGACAGAUGUUUUCCUUGGCCGUCCCCUGUCCACGGCCCUUGCGUGUUUGGCGGCCUCAGAGUACAUCGUGAGGCCCCUCUUCCUGCAAUGUCCAGACAUGGCGCCUACAACAUCCAAAGUCAUGCUGGGAUUUGUCAUCUGUGCCUUCUUCGUGGCGGCCAAUAUGUACAGCGUCAAGCUUGGAGCCCGACUACAGACUGCGACCACUGUGUGUAAAGUCACGGCACUACUCGCCAUCAUCGUUGCUGGUAUGGUUCAUAUUGGGCAAGGACACACAGAAAACUUCAGUGAACCAUUCAAAACCACCAACCUUACGCCAGGCGGUGUUGCUCUGGCGUUCUAUGCAGGGCUGUUUGCAUUUAGUGGCUGGUCAUGUGUCAAUACAGGCGUAGAGGAGGUUUGCAACCCAUACAGAAACAUCCCGAUUGCUAUUUUUGGUGGACUCGCAGUUCCAACUUUGGGAUAUGUUUUGGCAAAUCUUGCUUACCACGCUGUUCUCACUAAUGACGAGAUCCUAUCGGGAAUUGCUGUAGCCUAUGUGGGUAACCAUUAUGCUCCUCCAUAA